AUGGGCGAGAAGAGUGAAGAAAUCCUCUUACAAAUGCAGAAGGUCCAUACAGUAUAUGAUGACAUGAUACAAGCACUGGAAAGCCAUUUCAUACCACGAAGAAACAUCCUAUUCGAAAGAUUUCAAUUUAACUCUAGGGUCCAAUUACCAGGGGAAAACAUUGAUAGUUUUAUAGCAGCAGUGCAUGCUCUGGCAGCUAAUUGUAACUUGAGUGCACUAAAAGAAGAGUUUAUAAGAGAUAGAAUUGUCGUUGGUAUGCUUGAUAAGAAGACUAGUGAAAAAAUGCAAUUAGAGGCCAAACUUACAUUAUCAGAUGCAAUAUUAUAUGCACGCCAAGCUGAAUUGCAGUCCCAGCAAAACAGUGUACUACAACAACAACAGUCACCACUUAAUGUUAUAACUAAACAAGAAAACACUCCAAAAAGCUUCAAUACGAGUAAACGUCCCCAACAUCCUGAGGUAAAGUGUAAAUACUGUGGUUUGGCACACCAUAAACGAGAAAUCUGUCCUGCUCGAAGAUCUACAUGUAGAGGGUGUUGA